AAAGAACCGAUUCUCUUCAAGUUCGCUGUUCGUUCUCCACCCGUCAUUCGCGGCUUAUCUAAUACGGUGCAAAAGCUUUUUCAUUAAUCACCAUGGAGGAAGAUGAUCAAAAAGUGGCUGUGAUGCGUAAAGCAUUUCAAAUGUUUGAUACAACGAAAAGUGGUUUCAUUGAAACUAUGAAAAUCUCAACGAUAUUAAAUACAAUGGGACAACUGUUUGACGAUGGCGAAUUAAAUGCUUUGAUCGAGGAAAAUGAUCCUGAAGGUCUCGGCAAAGUGAACUUUGAUGGUUUUUGCAAAAUCGCCGGUCGGUUUCUCGAAGAAGAGGAUGCGGAAGCGAUGCAAGAGGAACUGAAAGAAGCAUUUCGAUUAUACGAUCGUGAAGGCAAUGGAUAUAUUACCACAGCUACAUUGAAAGAGAUUUUAGCAGCGCUCGACGAUAAACUUACCAGUUCCGAUCUUGAUGGAAUAAUCGCGGAAAUCGAUACGGAUGGUUCCGGUACAGUAGAUUUUGAUGAAUUUAUGGAGAUGAUGACUGGAGAAUGAUCGAGAACUAUUUGAUUCAUGUCAUUCUAAAAAGAUCGCUAAGAAUACAAUAAACUUUUUUAAUAAAAUGAUAUUUACAUAAAAA